GACGGAGCACACCGCGGCCGUGCGCGCCGGCCUUCCACUGGCACCGUAAGAUCGGCCCACCUCAUGCUUCAAAAUCUUUAAUCGUUUCCUCGUUGCCCCCUCGCCGUCCCCAACCAUCGCGCGCCGCGACCGGAGCUGCCAUCUCCAAGCUCUCCGCCGCGCUAUAUAUACUCCUCGCGCCGUAGCAUCAGCGCAGCCACGUACCGACAGUGAGUUAGGGAGCAAGAGUGCGAGACGCUGAGAAGCAGGCAGCCGGCCGGCGACAUGGCGGAGGAGCAGUUCAAGCCGGCGGCGAUGGAGGUGGAGGGUGCGGAGGCGGCGGCGUCCAAGCCGCGGUUCCGGAUGCCGGUGGACUCGGACAACAAGGCCACCGAGUUCUGGCUCUUCUCCUUCGCGAGGCCGCACAUGAGCGCCUUCCACCUCUCGUGGUUCUCCUUCUUCUGCUGCUUCCUCUCCACCUUCGCGGCGCCGCCGCUGCUGCCGCUCAUCCGCGACACGCUCGGGCUCACGGCCACGGACAUCGGCAACGCCGGGAUCGCGUCCGUGUCCGGCGCCGUGUUCGCGCGUGUCGCCAUGGGCACGGCGUGCGACCUGGUGGGGCCCCGCCUGGCUUCCGCCGCCAUCAUACUCCUCACCACGCCCGCCGUGUACUGCUCGGCCAUCAUCGACUCGGCGUCGUCCUACCUCCUCGUGCGCUUCUUCACGGGGUUCUCGCUGGCGUCGUUCGUGUCCACGCAGUUCUGGAUGAGCUCCAUGUUCUCGCCGCCCAAGGUUGGGCUGGCCAACGGCGUCGCCGGCGGGUGGGGCAACCUCGGCGGCGGCGCCGUGCAGCUGCUCAUGCCGCUCGUGUUCGAGGCCAUCCGCAAGAUCGGGAGCACGCCGUUCACGGCGUGGCGCGUGGCCUUCUUCAUCCCAGGCCUGAUGCAGACGUGCUCCGCCAUCGCGGUGCUGGCGUUCGGGCAGGACAUGCCCGACGGCAACUACCGGAAGCUGCACAAGUCCGGCGACAUGCACAAGGACAGCUUCGGCAACGUGUUCCGCCACGCCGUGACCAGCUACCGCGGCUGGAUCCUGGCGCUCACCUACGGCUACUGCUUCGGCGUGGAGCUGGCCGUGGACAACAUCAUCGCGCAGUACUUCUUCGACCGGUUCGGCGUGAAGCUCAGCACCGCGGGGUUCAUCGCCGCCAGCUUCGGGAUGGCCAACAUCGUCUCCCGCCCCGGCGGCGGGCUCCUGUCCGACUGGCUCUCCAGCCGGUUCGGCAUGCGCGGCAGGCUGUGGGGGCUGUGGGUGGUGCAGACCGUCGGGGGCGUCCUGUGCGUGGUGCUGGGCAUGGUGGACUACUCCUUCGGCGCGUCCGUGGUCGUCAUGAUCCUCUUCUCCUUCUUCGUGCAGGCGGCCUGCGGGCUGACCUUCGGCAUCGUGCCGUUCGUCUCGCGGCGGUCGCUGGGGCUGAUCUCCGGUUUGACCGGCGGCGGCGGCAACGUGGGCGCCGUGCUGACGCAGCUCAUCUUCUUCCACGGCUCCAAGUACAGGACGGAGACGGGGAUCAAAUACAUGGGGCUCAUGAUCAUCGCGUGCACGCUGCCCAUCACGCUCAUCUACUUCCCGCAGUGGGGCGGCAUGUUCGUGGGGCCGCGCCCCGGGGCGACGGCGGAGGACUACUACAACCGGGAGUGGACGGCGGAGGAGCGCGAGAGGGGGUACAACACCGGCAGCGUGCGGUUCGCGGAGAACAGCGUGCGCGAGGGGGGCAGGUCGGGCAGCCAGUCCAAGCACACUGUCCCCGUCGAGUCCUCGCCGGCCAACGUGUGAAAGGCCUAAGCUUUCCGUGCUGCUCGUAUAGUCAAGGGUCCGGGGUCCCUCGUGAAUCUCCAAUGAUACUUACUGUUCGUGAAUCGUGGUCGGCGGCACUGCCGUUCACCACCCUUGAAAUUGGUUGUGUGCUGUUUUGCUGUGUGUGUUGUGCAGCCAUGUGGUAAUUUGUGCUGGAUGGAGGAAAAGCUGGUGACGGAUUUCGGCAAAGAGAGAUGAGUGGUGUUACAAGGGAUUUGUUUAUUUGUGACAAAACAAGAUGCUUGCAAAGAGCUCUAUGCAUAUACCAAAUCCUCCUAUGUAUGAUGCUCGCAAUAGAAGUCCUGUGUUACUGUGUGUUGUGGUAAUUUCUGUUUGAAGUAAAGGCUUGUGACGAUCUCGGUAAAGAACGUGACAUUAUAAGAAAUUGUUUAUUUGAUAGGUGAUUUCUUUGUUUCCUCAUAUGUAAACUAGU